AUGUUCUUAGAUUAUUCGUUCUUUAAGUUAUUCAUCUUAUUUUCAUCGACUCCAACCACGGCACCAGCAAUCAUUCUUUGGAAUUGUCUCAUUGAUACAUAUGAUCCUCAUUCAUCUUCUCGGAUUGACACAAACUUUAAAAAUUUGAAACAUCAAAAAUCCUUUGUGGAAGUAGUCAACAACAUCUAUGAUAUACCAUUGAUUCAGCUACCAAAUCCAUAUGUGAAGGGUGAUAGGAUUCCAAUAUCAGUUUCUAAAGAUGAAUAUCAACUUGGUCUAGAAGACUGCAAACAUGAUCUACAUGGGAGAGUAAUUUGGCUAAAGGGGACUUCUCCUCUCACUGUAGCUGCUCUGAAAAACAAAGCUCUCUUCCUUCUGGAAAUCAAUAGGGAGUGUAGAUAG